GCCGGGGCUCCCGGCACAGGCUGUUUGUGCCACGAUAGCGGCUGUCAGUGGGGGCGCCUCCAGGGCGGAGCCAGUGGCCAGUUGGCAUUCUUGUAUGUCCAUCUUGGCAAGUUACCAUGUGUGUACACUCCAAUGUCAUCCUAAAAGAAGGCCUCUCCAGCAAACCAUUAAGACAGAGAGGGGAAGCAUCUCUGAAGAGGUUUCACUGUUGGAAUGCCUCAGAUUAAUACAGCUACAGUUCUGCAGAUUUGUGUGCUGCUAUCUGCACUUCCUGCACAGUAUUUCAUAUCCCAGUGGUAUGGAACAGACUCUGCUCAGCGCCUCCAAGUGACACAAAGGAUAAUUGGCUAUUGGAACAGUUUUAUAAAGUCCUACUUGAGUCUGGAUGCAUGGACAGAUCAUCUAAAGCUGUGGAUACCAAAGACAAGGAAUUGGUACUAUGGAGAAAAGAGAACUCAAGGUGUUGAAGAUGAAGAAGAAAUCCAUGCUUAUUUUGCAGAAUCAACUCACAUUCACAGUCCAAAGCCAGAAUCUGUUCAGUUUAAUGUGGGACAGGUGAUAGUACACAGAAGAUUUGGCUAUUCAGGAGUCAUUGUUGGCUGGGACAUAAAAGCUAGAGCUCCAGAAGAAUGGCUGCAGCACAAAUAUCCUCCAGAGAAACAGGGUCUAAGAGAUACUCCUCACUACCGAAUUCUUAUUAACCAAGCCAACAGCUUUGGCAAGACUACAGUUUACAUUCCUGAGGAGGAGAUAACAAUUAUUACAGGAUUAGAGAUACACAAUCCUGAUCUGACAGCUUACUUCAGUAGAUACGAUGGAUCUAAAUACAUUAUGCAAGCAUGGUUGAGAAAAAUCUACCCUCAUGACUGAAGUAUUUAACAUUAUAUGUAAAUUGUGCAUGUGAUGUACAACUGCACAGUGCAUUCCUUUUUUAAACUGGGACAAAUGGAAACUAGGGUAAAACUGAUUUGUAAAUUAUUUCAUUAAAGAAAUAAAAUUGAACUCUAUAUGAAA